UUUUUUAGUGUUGCUGACGAUACUUGUAGACUCGGCGUUUCUUCCACCAGAAAGGAAACAGACUAUUUCUGCAAGGCAAUGUUUUGAGCAAACACGUAGUAUACGGCAUAGUUCCCGUAUAUCGAGUUAAGGGAACAUCUUUUGAUAGUGGGUGAGGGGCAAUCUUGGGUUUGGUACACGGGCAUGGCAACAGUCGAGAAUGAUCCGAAGGCGAGCGAAGGCGGUGCCGCAGCAUUCUCGAAGGUCCACAGUCCUAUCUGGAGCGAAUAUCAACUUCGAAAGUAUCCUUUCCAGACCAGACCGAUACCCAGACUCUCACACACGGAUCCUAGAGCGGAGAUGCUCAUAAACAACGAGGAACCAUUGGUUUUAACAGACACCAAUCUAGUGUAUCCGGCUCUGAAGUGGGACGUCGAGUACCUGCAGGAGAACAUUGGGAGCGGGGACUUCUCUGUGUACAUAGCGGAAAACCACAAAUUCCUCUACUAUGACGAGAAGAAAAUGGCCAACUUUGAGAACUUUUUACCCAAGUCUAGACGGAUAGACAUGAAAUUCUCUGAUUUUGUGGAGAAAAUGGAGAAAACGCAGGAAGAGGGAGGAGAUGAGAGGGUGUACCUGCAGCAGACCCUGAACGACACUGUGGGCAGGAAGAUCGUGGUGGACUUCUUGGGUUUCAACUGGAGCUGGAUCAACAAGCAGCAGAGCAAAAGGAACUGGGGCCAGCUCACCUCCAACCUGCUCCUCAUAGGCAUGGAGGGCAAUGUAACGCCAGCCCAUUAUGACGAGCAGCAGAACUUCUUUGCACAAAUCAAAGGUUACAAAAGGUGUAUCCUCUUCCCUCCGGACCAGUUUGAGUGUCUCUACCCCUUCCCUGUUCACCACCCCUGUGACAGGCAGAGCCAGGUUGACUUUGAGAACCCUGACUAUGAGAGGUUUCCCAACUUCAAGAAUGCUGUGGGCUAUGAGACUGUGGUCGGCCCCGGAGAUGUUCUUUACAUCCCCAUGUACUGGUGGCACCACAUUGAGUCCCUGCUGAGUGGUGGCGUGACCAUCACUGUCAACUUCUGGUACAAGGGUGCGCCAACGCCCAAGAGGAUAGAAAACCCACUGAGAGCCCAUCAGAAGGUGGCAAUCAUGAGAAACAUAGAGAAGAUGCUGGGGGAGGCACUGGGAGACCCACACGAGGUUGGUCCUUUACUGAAUAUGAUGAUCCAGGGCCGAUAUGACCAGGGAUUCAGCUAGAGGUACUGCCGCAGAACUGUUGCCAAACUGCUGCUUGUGUGUGCGUUCAGUACACACGCCUGAUUUGUGUGUAUGUAGGCGAGCAUGUGUAUAUGUGUGUGCGCAUUCGGGCUGUCAAGCUAGCAGUGCAUGGCAACACUGAGUCACCUUGAGAGACUUGGCCAAUCACACUUUCUGCUCUGCUUUGAUUGUCUGGGAACCAUAGUCAUCGCAACCUCCGCCACCAGUGGGAAGACAAUAGUGGAUGGACAGACUAGCCAUGGACACCCACAUGCAGUAUGCCGUCAGAGACUGAUACUCUGUUGAUGAACUGUGUAAACUACAUAAUGUAGAGUGGUGGUAUUUGUGUGUGAGUCAAGUGAUGGGCAGCCGUGUAGGUAUCAAAGAAUAACCCCCAAAUACCAUCAAGGUGGAAGUUGCCCCUAAUUAAUCGCUGAUGCAGGGUCAGAUAAUAUACAUUUUAUCAUCACACCCAAUAGAAUUGGGGUUGGGAUAAUCUAAUCCUAGAUCUGUAGUUGGAGGCUAUUUCUACCUUGAGCACUUGAACCACUAAAGGGUGUGUGUUGGGCGGUUGUUACAUCUGAGUCAUAACCAACCAGAAACUCCCAUCCUCUAUUCAACCCCUCCUGUCAUUACCGUUCGUAACCAUAGCAACAUGACUGUAGCUUGAUUUAUUAAAUACAAAUAGCUCCCCUCAGAUAUAACAUACACUCACCGGACAGUUUAUUAGGCACAAUCUGAAUUCUUCGGGGCAUUCUACAAGGUGUUGGAAAAGUUCCACAGGGAUGUUGGUCCCUGCUGACCCGAUGGCGUCAAGCAGUUGCUGCAGAUUGGACGGUCGGUACAUUGAUGCUGUGAAACAACAGCCCGUUCCAUCUCAUCCUAUAGAUGCUCUAUAGGGUUGAGGUCUGGGGACUGUGCAGGUACCUCAAAUAAACUGAACUCACUGUGAUGUUUGUCCACUCCUCAAUUGUCCAGUGUUGGUGAUUGCUUGCCCACUGGAGCCGCUUCUUCUUGUUUUUAGCUGAUAGGAGUGGAACCUGGUGUGGUCCUUUGCUGCAAUAGCCCAUCCGUGACAAUGGUCGACGAGUUGUGCGUUCCCGCCUGUUAGCUUGCACGAAUCUUGCCAUUUCCUUCGACCUUUCAUCAACGAGCUGUUUUCACUCACAGGACUGCUGCUGACUUGAUGUUUUUUGUUUGUUGCACCAUUCUUGGUCAAUUCUAUACACUGUCCUGGAGGGCGGCCUUUCUGAGAUACUGGAUCCGGCGCCCCUGGUACCAACAAUCAUACCAUGCUCAAAGUCGCUGAGGUCACUUUUGCCUAUUCUAACAUUCAAUCAAAGUAACUGAAUGCCUCGAUGUCUGCCUGCUUUAUAUAGCAAGCCAUGGCCACGUGACUCACUGUCUUAAUGAACGAUUCAUAUUUGUGAACAGGGUGGUGUACCUAAUAAACUGGCCAAUGAGUAUCAACUGAAUACAUUUAUAGUACCUAAAGUAGGCCUAUUUAUUUUGUGACAAACUUCUAAAUUAAUUUGCUGCACGUUCACCCUGAAAGAGAUGAGUCAUAUUUUGGUUAUUCUGUUGAUUUAAUUGUUGACCGUCAGUCAGUAAGCUGACUUGUUUCUGUAUGGUAUUACGGUUUUUAGGAGCGAUCAGCAAAAAACAAGUUAUAUUGUGUUUUAUAAACACUGAAAGAGCGCUUGAUUGUGUGAUUGCCUGUACUUGAUUUAUUUAAUUUAAAUGAUUUCUGAACA